AAAGUGCCGCGCCCUAUGCAGAUUUUGCCUUCGCUCUUCCAAUUAGGUGCGAGAAGCUGGAGGGGGCGGGGCUUCUGUCGUCCGCGUUGGUGCCCCGUUUAUUGCCCCGCUGGAGCGCCUGGUCUUUUCUUCCGGUUCGGACGAUCUGUGAUUGUCUCAAAAAUGGCCCUUGACAUCCAGUGUGAAGAACUGAGUGGAUCGAAAUGGAAAGAACUUGUUCCUUCCCUGAACCAGUACAAAACUAUUAGGCUAGAUGACUGCAGUCUCUUGACUCCUACUUUUGAUGACCUUGCCUCUGCUCUGAGUUCCAACCAGACUCUGACUGAAUUAAAUCUGAACAACAAUGAACUGGGAGACUCUGGUGUGGAGAAACUGUGCAAAGGAUUGAUGAAUUCAAGUUGUAAGCUUGAAAAACUAUGGCUGCAGAACUGCAACCUGACUAGAACCUGCUGUGAGAAUCUCCGUUCUGUGAUCAUUGCAAAACCAUCUCUGACUGACCUACGCCUGGGAGACAACCGGUUGGGCACUUCAGGUGCUAAAGUACUUUGCGAAGGUCUUCUGGACCCUAACUGCCAACUACAGAAACUUCAUUUGGACUAUUGCGAACUCUCAGCAAGAAAUGCAGAGGAUCUCAGUUCUGUGCUGCACACCAAGACCUCCCUGAUUGAACUCAAUCUGAGCAACAACAAACUGGGGGACGCAGCUGUGAAACAGCUGUGUGGGGGCUUGCUGGAUUCUAACUGUAAAAUGCAGUCACUACAGUUGGAGAACUGUAGGAUCACAGCUGGCAGCUGUGGGGAUCUGGGCACUGUUCUCAGUACAAAGCCAUCCUUGAGAGAACUCUGCAUAGGGGAGAAUAAGAUUGGUGAUGCAGGUGCUGCCCUCUUGUGCCAGGGUGUCUUGAAUCCAAAUUGCAAAGUGGAAAAACUUUGGUUAUGGGAGUGUGAUUUCUCAGCUGCUAGCUGCAAGGACCUCGCCAAUGUCAUUAGAACCAAAGAGUCUCUCAAGGAAAUGAGCCUGAUUGGAAAUGACCUCAAAGACGAAGGAAUGGAACACUUAUGUGAAGGACUGAAGGAUCCAAAAGCUGCAAUUCAAUCACUGUGGUUAAGAGAAUGUGGCUUGACCAAAGCCUGCUGUAAGAGUGUUGCAUCUGUUCUCAGCAAAAAUAAUUCCUUGAAAGAGUUACAAAUAGGUGGCAAUAAUCUUCAAGAUGAGGGAGUAGCUCAGAUCUGUGAAGGACUGAUGGACCCCAGCUGCACCUUAGAGUCUAUCUGGUUAGGUAACUCAGAACUCACAUCUGCUUGCUGUGACAAACUGGCCACUAUCAUAGCUACUAGUCAGUGCCUGACAGAGCUGGAAGUGAGCAACAAUGAACUGAAAGAUAAAGGUGUCCGUAAACUCUGCGAAGCUGUGAGAAAUCCAAACUGUCGCCUGCAGCAACUCAUUUUGUACGAUAUCUUCUGGAGUACAAAAAUAGAUGAUGAACUGAAGGCCCUGGAAGAGUCAAAGCCUGGGUUUAAAGCAAUUUUCUGAGUGGCUUAAUCUGGGUGUGGCUGCUCCCACAGUUUUUUCUUCUGUCAGGAUUCUUCUUUGAAAACCAUCCUUGCUCAGAACAUCAUGAUGGACUUUUCACUCCAAAUUCAUGGACUUGGCAAAUCUGAUAUGUCUGUAAACCACAUUCAGUCUUAGAAGUGUUAUCACCACUUCAGCUAUGCAAUAGCUCAAGAUAGUAGUUCUGGAUAUCUGAAUAUCUUCUGGAUUUUGGCUUUUUAUAUAGAACCAUAAAACAGUGUUAGUGGAGGGGGGGGGUGUUGCCUAGGAAAUAGAGAAAGCAGAACAAUGUACCAUAUGUCUUUGGCCAGGUCUUAUACAGAUCUUAGUAGUGAUACAUUCUCCCUCUUAAUAUCUAUGACAACAUGUGUUCUGCUGAAAAAUGAAUGUUAUGAACUUUGAUCAACAGAUGCAGGUCUGUUAAAAUCAGAAUAAAGUUUCAUUUUGCAAAA